UUCACCAAGAGCCAAUAACGUAAAAUAAAGAAAACAAGUCAUUAAAAAUACAAACCAAUACAUGACAUUAAGAUCACGGACAUUAAAAACAGUAAGCUUAAACUUAAAAGUGGGAAUUACAUUAAAACAACGCUGAAAUUGAAAAUAAGAACAGGUAAAAAACCCAACAAACACAAGAGUUAACUGGUCAAAAAAUCAUAAAGGGGGUUCUUAAACACGUUCAGUGACAUACUUUCAACAAAUUGUUCGAGUAGGCUAUUCCACUCAUUUGCUUUCAACAAAUUGUUCGAGUAGGCUAUUCCACUCAUUUGCUAUGUGAACAAAAUAGGAAUAUUUAAAACAGUCAGUUUGGGCGAAAGGAAUAUCGAGUUUGAACCUGUUAUCAUUUCGUCCAAUUCUCGAGGCUGACUGAAUUUUUUAAGUGCCUCAAUAUUAAGGAACCCCUUCAACACCUUAAAACACAUCACCAAAGGCAAGGACUUUCUUCUGGUUUUAAGGUCAGUCCAGCCAAGAUAAUCCUAUAAUGUGUCAAAGCUACUAUGCCAAUCUCUACAGGUAAAUCCGACAUUCGAUUUUUGGACACGUUCUAAAACAGCUGAGUGGUUAAGUCUGUAAGGGUCCCAGGCUAUACAACAGGAAUCUAAUCGAGAUCGAAUGAGCGAAAUGUAAAGUUUCUUCAAUAUGUUAGUUGGGUAAUUUACGAAAUUACGUUUAAUAAGCCCCAGUGUUUUAAUGGACCUGGGGUAUAUCUUGACAGUGAUCAUUCCAGUUUAAUUUAUCAUUAAUUUUAAUCAUCACUCCCAAAUAUCUUUCACAAUUUGCAAACGUUAAUGCGUUAUUUCUAAUAUAAUACAAAUGUUGACAAGGAUGGCGUUUUCUCGACUUUACACUUGUCGACGUUGAAAUCCAAUUUCCACCGAUCUGACCAUUUGCACUGUGAAUUUAAGUCGGAUUGCAGGGUGCCAGCGUCUUCAUCUGUAAUAACUGGUCGAUAUAAAACACAAUUAUCUACAUAUAACCGAAUAGUGGAUGGAAUAUUCUCGGAGAUAUCAUUAAUAAAACAGAAAUAAAACUGGACCAAGAAUGGUACCCUGAGGAACACCAGAUUUCACCCUGGACCAAGAUGAGAAGCGACCAUUAACAUGCACUCUUGGCUGUCUAUCUCGGAUAAAAUUCAUAAUCCACUUGACGUUUGAGCCUUUAAUACCAUAAGUGAUAAGUUUUUUGUACAGAGGGUCAUAAGUCAUCUGUCAAAGGCUUUAGCAAAGUCCAGGAAGACAAUAUCAACACUGUACCCUACUGCUCCAAUCAUCAAUGGCAUCUAUUAAUUAUCACAGGAACGUUUGGCUCUAAAACCUUGUUGAUUUUCAUCAAGAAUUUUUUUAUUAUUAUUAUUAAGAUGGUUGAUAGGCCUGUUGCAAAUAAUUCUUUCUAGGGUUUUACUCAAGACAGAUGUGAGUGAGAUGGGACUGUAAUUAUUAGGAUCAUCCGGUCGCCUUUCUUAAAACACGGGGACCACAUGGGCUCUUCGCCAUUCAUCAGGAAUAGCACCUGUUUCUAAAGAGAUAUAGAAUAGUUUACAGAGUGAAGGUGCUAGGUACUCCGCUCCCUCCUUCAGAAUCCUGGGAGAGAUAUUGUCAGGACCUUGACAUUUACUUACAUCAAUAUCCUUAAGUAAUUUACAAAACUGCAAAGAGUUACUUUAAACUCCUUUAAAAGCUCAACUCCCGAAAAACUACAUGACGGCGAUAUCGGUAAAAAUGUCGAGGGGUUGGAUUCCACCCCCGACUCCCCUUGUAGGGUUUUAUAGUCAGAUAGUACUAGUCUUGUUAGUGACCAGACUGAGGAACCAUGAGGAAAAAUCUAUUUUGAGGCAGGAUCAGUCUUUCGAUGGAAAUCUACAGCCAUUUAUACCAACGCAUAGCAGUAUCUCUCUAAGGCAGUGCCGGAAACAUUUACAUUCCUUACUCGCACUGGAUGAUUCGAAUGACAUGUUUUUGUUAUCAAAAAGACGCGGAAACAAAGUAGCUUUAUGUCGUUACAAUGAUUGUACACAUAACUUGCAUACUGCUGAUGCAAGAGCGGGCACGCCCACCUUGUGAAGAAUCAACGCACAGCAAGGCAGCGCCGGAUUCAGUCGCACUAGCUGACGGUGAAUUUCUUGUUAUGUUGCAAGCUUGUAAUGUCUCCUCUCACAUCGCUUAGAUGUUUGCUGCAACUACAGUUCUUGGAGUCAAGGUUUCUUUGUGCCAAUGUUUGAGUCCAGUCCGCCUUGCAGUUUGGCAGGGACACUUGCUAAGACUGGGAACUCUUCAAAAAACGAAAGGCUCUAACCAGCUGUGAUGAUGUCUUCUGGCAACCUGAAGAUCAAGGGUUUUAUCCUUGCACUGUGCAUGGCAUCCUUUAUUCUGGACCGUUUUCUCAUUCCAUCCCAACUAGUUGAAAUGAAGGGAGUUGGGAACGGGAUGGUUGUGCCCCCUGUCAGUCGCUUGAAACCAGAGAAGGUAACAGGGUCACAUUUCCCCUAUGAAAGCAAAAUCAGCUCUGACCUCUUGAUUCCUGCGUUGUAUCGAGUCCCGUAUAAGGACAUCCGUUAUAAGGAUGGGAAGCUGGUGAUUGGUGACAAGAAGGUUACAGACGGUAGAUGGCCAAUCCUGGCCAAUCCUAAUGAUCAGCGAUACUUGGCAAAAGUUAAUGACUCACAAGCAGCCCAGAUGUUGGGAAUGGUGGUCAAGUUAAUUCCUCCUGAUAUUAUGUCAUCCGUGGCGCACCAAAAGGGCCUGAAAUACGACAAACGGAAGAGUACAGUGACAUGGCCAAGUCGGGUUGCAGUCCAGACAAAAUGGGACGUUCUCAUAAGCGGCAUGCAACAUCUUGGCUACGAACAACGCCUGCCAACUAUAAUCUGCCUCGGUGUCAAAAAGAGCGGCACCACGGCUUUUCUUCACGACUUGGCACGACAUCCGCAAAUUGUGCGCACCAUAUGGGACGAGGUGCAUUACUUCAGCCUCAACUACGACAAAGGCAUCGGCUAUUACCGGUCCAGGAUGGGGUUUUCCACCAUCUCGCAGGCUCAGCUGGAAAAAUCGCCGUCAUAUUUCGUCACCAAGGAAGUACCGGGACGGAUACUGAAGGACCUGCCGACCGAUGUUAAAUUUGUGCUGUGCGUCCGAGAUCCGGUGGAGCGGAUCAUAUCAGACUUCAGACACGAGUACGAGCUGAAGCUACACCGUGGUCGAGCAGUGGUCGACAUGAUAAGAGCGAGUAGAGAAACUCCUGCCUCACAAGCGAUGCACUUUGUGGAAACGAUCUUCAACAGCACUGGAGAUGUAGAUCCGUCCACGGGGUUUGUUGAUGAGAGCACUUACUCCAAGCACAUGAAGAACUGGUUGAAGAGCUUCCCGAGAGAUCGAUUCUACGUUUUGAGCCACGAGCGCGUAAAUGAAGACUUGUUCGGCGAGCUGAAGAACAUCGAGGAGUUUCUGGGUCUGGAGCCGUUUUACGAGAGAAGCAUGUUCUAUUACGAUGAAGAGAGAAAGGCGCCUUGUAUGUCCGCUGGUUGCCCGCCCAAAAGCACCCCAGGAUUUCUCCCUAAAGCAGACCUCAGUCAGGACAUCAUUCAAAAACUGAGGGAAUACUUUCGGCCACUUAAUCAGGAAUUUGAGGAGCUUACACAGAUGAAUUUUUCUUGGACGAAUCUCUAAGCGGAUGGAUCACACUUAUGGAAAAUCGAUAAAAUUUUCGAGAACUGGCCGGAAUAAAACCAAACAAUUGUAUUUUGUUUUAAAAGAAACAUUUCAAAAUGACUUUAUAUUUGGACUUUGCAAGUUGACAUAAAUGAACUCCUUGGUAAGGUUGGAGAUAUAUAAAAUAAUUAUCAAAAGGUUUAUCAUCUUUCUCUAUUUUGCAUGAUUUUUUCAUUGAUCAACUAUAACGUUACUGCAAACACUUGCAGACAUGAAAUUCUGAUUUAGAAGUCAUCUCUUAUGGAAAACUCUGCCAUGAUGGAUACAGUUUAUCCGAACACUUUCAGACGUAACCUCCAUGGUUUAUGGCACCGUCAAAAGAAAUAUUUGUUAUUAACUUUAUAUCUCCAUGAAAGAAGACCGUUGUUUCAAUUGAAAUUUAAUUUUAAUGUAAGUAUUUUUUAAUUAUUUUUAUAUCUUAAAUAUUCAAUUAUAUUUGUUUUUAAAAUCGGUUUGGUUUACUAAAGAAAUGGUACAAAAGGUACCAAAUAUACUAGAAGAUCUUUACAACUGUGGAAACAAACUUGAAUGGAUACAAGCUGAUACUACGUUUAUAAAGGAAAGUGAAAGUCA